AUGCAUGCGAUCGCACUCACCUGGAACGAAGCUCUCAGCGGCGUCUGGGGCUCCGUCUCGCUCGCAGCCUGGAUCUUCCUGCUCGUGCCGCAGCUUAUCGAGAACUACCAGCAGGGUCACGCGGACGGCAUAUCGCUCACAUUCCUCUUCAUCUGGGCUAUUGGCGAUGUCUGCAACCUCGUGGGCGCUCUCUGGGCUGGUCUCGUCCCCACCGUUAUUGCUCUCGCCAUCUACUUCUGCUUCGCCGAUACCAUCCUGAUCCUCCAAUGCCUGUACUACAAUUCCAGAAAGAGCCGAGCACAGAAAGAGACGAGCGGAGGAGUGAUCGCAUCCACGGGAGCGAGCGAGCAGUCGCCCCUACUCCAGGGAGACACAAACAAGCACGCCGCCCGGCCCAGCCGUCGCUUGACCGAUGUCACAGAAGAGAACAUGGGCCUCCCGGGAAGCCGGCGUCGCAGCAGUGCUUUCUCUUCUCGCCGCCACGACCACAAUGACAGCCUCUCCCGCGUUCUCGAAGAGCCCACGAAGACUCACUCCACUGUCAAGAACACCGUCUCCAUCUUCCUCGUCAUGGCCGUAGGAGCCGCAGGCUGGGCGAUCGCAUGGAAGACGGGUGCAUGGAGACCUUCGACAGUGAGUGGAGAUGGAGGUGACGAUCACACACCGAUUGGAGCCGAGAUUCUUGGAUAUGCCAGUGCUGUGUGCUACCUCGGAGCUCGCAUCCCACAAAUCAUCAAGAAUCAGAGGGAGAAGAGCUGCGAUGGGUUGAGCUUGCUGUUCUUCUUGCUCAGCUUGUUGGGCAAUUUGACAUAUGGUGCAGGAAUUCUGUUCCACAGCGUUGAGAAGCAGUACAUCAUCACCAAUUUGCCGUGGCUGAUUGGAUCUCUUGGAACCAUGGCUGAGGAUGCGAUCAUCUUCAUCCAAUUUCAUGCCUUCGGGGAGAAGAAGCAAGAUACCAGUGCUGUGGCUUGA